AUGCUUAACACUAUAAGCGUCUUCCGUCGAUUCGACGUGGAAGACCCGAUUGUUCUAGCCGGAACCGCAAUGUGGUGCCCCCUCAGCGCCGGUAUCAUGCUGCAAGAUUACAACUUGCCGUCAUCUCGCCGUCACCGGCGAAUUCUGGACACGAAAGUUGCAGAUCCGGAACGAGGUGCGAUAGCACCACCUGAAGAGCCUGAUAGCCACGUUGAAGAGGACGAGUCGGAUUCUGACGUCGAACCGGAGCUGCUCUGUCCACUGGUCGAGUCGGAUUUCGAGUCCGUUAAAAUAUCAGAAUCACUGGCUGACGAGUCUGAUGUAGCAGAUGCAGAGGAGACCGAAUCGGUCGCCGAACUGUUCGAAGAAGUCUGCGUUAGUGUUGAGCUGGUACUAGUUAUUGACGAGGCUGUGUUGGAACUUGACAAUGACGACGUGGAGUUGGUAGUUAUGGCAGCAGUGGAAACGCCGGAAACCACUAAGGCGGCAAGAAGGACCACUCGAAUCAUCUUAAUAGAGAUUGGAGAAUCGAGGAAUGAAGAAAACUCGCGUGGUAUCGAACAUAGUAAGAUUGGAAAGAUCGGCGAUGGACACAUUGGUGGUAGUGAUUGUCUUGGCACGGGGUAG